GCAGUCAGACAGCGCCAGUUCGUAUCUUGGACUGCUAGAAAUAUUUGGAGCAGUUAAAUGACAUGUACAGCACAUCUUUUUCUCCGACUGCACACGAGUAGUGAUUUCAUUAGAGAUCAUGGCGGCAUCAGUCAGUUGUUCUGCUGGCUUUGUUCUCGGCAUGGAUCUGGGCACAACGUCAGUUAAAGUCGUCCUGCUAGACGCGCAGUCAAAAACAGUUACAGACAGUAGGAGCUUCCCUACAAACUCUGAUAUCAGCAGCACCUCAGACAUACAUGCAAAAGAGCAGGAUCCUGCACUAAUAAUCGCCGCUCUGAAUCAGUGCAUGGAGGCUUUACCUAAAGACAAGCUGAAAAAAGUCAAGUGCAUUGGAAUAUGUGGACAAAUGCAUGGCAUUGUGUUGUGGAAAUCUAAAUCAGGCUGUAAAUGGCUGAGUGAAGAGGAAGUCAUUAGAUUCAUUCCUGAAGACGUCAGUCAGCUGAUCACCUGGCAGGAUGGCCGCUGCAGUGCUGACUUCCUGUCUUCCUUACCCAAAGCUGACUCCCACCUCAGUGUGGCCACUGGCUUUGGUUGUGCCACCAUCUUCUGGUACAUGAAGCACAGACCAGAGUUCCUGUCAGGUUUCAGUGAUGCAGGCACCAUCCAUGACUAUGUGGUUUCCAUGCUGUGUAACCUUGACAAAUGUGUCAUGACUGGACAAAAUGCCGCCAGCUGGGGCUACUUCAACACAACCACCAACAAAUGGAACACACAAAUUCUGAAGGAUGCAGGUUUCCCUGUGCAGCUUUUGCCUGUCGUCGUGGAGUCCGGAGCUGUGGCUGGUCAUACUUCCUCUGAGUGGUAUGGCAUCCCCGCUCACACAGCGGUCGGGGCGGCACUGGGAGACUUCCAGUGUAGUGUCUACUCCUGCAUGACUGACAAAGGAGAUGCAGUGCUAAAUAUGAGCACUUCAGCCCAGCUGACGUUCAGCAUGCCUGCAGAGUUCAUCCCUCCAAAUUCUCCAGACCCCUUCUCUCCUGUUGCUUACUUCCCAUACUUGCACGGCUCCUACCUGGCAGUAGCUGCAUCACUUAAUGGAGGCAAUGUCAUGGCCACCUUUGUCAGAAUGCUGGAUUCGUGGAUGAAAGAAUUUGGAUUGGAAGUAAAUGAGUCCAGAAUCUACUCUCAGCUGAUCCAGUCUGCUCUGGCACAGCCUAACACUGACCUAUCCGUGACCGCAACGCUGCUAGGAGAGCGGCAUGACCCCACCUCCAGAGCCAGCGCCUCCCAAAUCUCGCCUUCUAACCUCUCUCUGGGUCAUGUGACUCGGGCUCUGUGCAGGGGUGUUAUUGAAAACAUGGCUACUAUGAUGCCCCCUCAGAGCCUGCAGGCCGCUGGGGUGAAGUGUAUUAUCGGCAGUGGCAGUGCUCUGUCAUGUAACACAGUUCUACAACAGGAAGUGGAGAGAGUGUUUCCAUUUCCUGUCGUCUACGGAAAAAAUGUGGACUCAGCAGCUGGAGUUGCCAUGGUGUUUAACGACUUAACAUAAGACACAACACUCAAGAUCACGUUUGCCUCUGAGACAUCUGACCUACCGUGCUGGUAGGGCUAUUUUUUAUGUAUUAAAAUGUGUAAAUAAUCACAUUUUGUAAUUAAGUGUAUUUAAUUUAGACAUUUUAUUACUGUAUAAUUUACCAGUUUACAAAAUAAUUUAUUUUAAUUUUAUACUGUAUCAUUAUUUUUAACAUGGGUCAAAUUAAUCUAUUGUUCAAUUUACACUCAUUAUAGAACUAUUGUUGUUGAGUGCAAUACAAACAAUAUGUAUUUUUUAAGAGUAUUUCUGAAUUGUAUUAAAUGACCGAAAGCCUUCAAAUGAAAAAAACAAAUUCUGUUUACAAUGUUCAGUAGCAUUUCAAAUGUUAAUAAAC